AUGGCUGUUUUUUCGGGUUACAAUCAAAGUCUAGAUGCGCGAAGUGAUGCCAGUGAAGAACUCUGUUGUGCAAGGCGAGCUCACGAAUCGGUCCUAAUUGGAUCUAAACUGUACGUGUUUGGAGGAUACUGUUUGAGAGAUUAUCCCGAGCACGAGUUUGAGUUUCGCCGUCAGCAAAUUUUUUCUUACGAUAUUGUUACUAAGAAAUGGAUUCAGCACACAACUAAAGCAGAAAACGAUUCUAAGAUGCCACGACCUUGUACUGGUGCUAAAUGUGCUGCUCUUGGGCAUACUAUUUAUUCGUUUGGAGGACUUCAAGUGAACAUUACUGACCAGAUGAGGCUUUUCAGUAACAAGACAUACGCGUUGGAUACUACAACUAUGACGUGGAGAUGCUGUAAGGUUGACGGAACUGCCGUGCCUUCGGGCAGAGACAAGUAUGCUCUAUGCGUUGAUGAUACCAGACUUUUGAUAUUUGGAGGUUGGAGUCUUCGCAUUGACAAAAACAGACUGCAAGAUGGUGCUGUGUGGGUGCCAGAAGAAGACAAAAUUGUUGGCUGGAAUAAUGAGCUAUACGCUUUUGAGACGGAAACAGAGAAAUGGGUAUCAAUACACACAAGUGGCACACGGCCUUCACCUCGAGCUGCUCACACCAUGAAUAAAGUAGGUGACGAUCGAGUUAUACUCUUUGGAGGAAGACAACCAGAUAGGAGGAUGAAUGAUAUCCAUGUUCUCAAUUUAAGAACUAUGACUUGGAGUGGAGUGAUCCUUCCUAGUGGGGGUGUUAAUGAAUUGUGGCCAUCUCCCAGAUCACUGCACUCUAUGUGUCUUGUUGCCAAAUCUCUUGUCUUGAUUGGUGGUAUGAACAGAGAUGGCGACUGCUGUAAAGACUUUGCUUGGGUGCUUGAUGUCGAUCAAAUGAAGUGGGAGAAACUCUUUUCGAAAGAUAAGUCACUGUGUCGGACAUGGCAUACAACGUCUGCUGCAAGUUUUGUUGGCGGUUACACAGAGCUAUACACCUUUGGUGGUACCCCAGACAACAUAUGGAAACCAGGGUCAAGAGAUCUUCGUGGACCAGCAGUCAUAACAAUGGGUGUAAAAAGUUUGUACAGGUUGUGUCUGGAGGCAGUUGAGCUGCACAGAGGAAUGGUACACCUGUCUAUUCACACUCUUCCUCUGUCCAUUCAAGAAGAAUUCUGGGCUAGGUAUGGAAGGAGUGGUGUGUAACAUAUAUUGAGUGUGACAAAAUAGACCAACAGGUAUUCUUUUAUUCAGUAGGAUUUGUUUAUUAUUGAUAAAAAGUAUUGAAGCCUA